AUGCCAAACUCCCCACAACAACAGUAUCUUAGUAGUCCAAACCAGUCAUCCAAUAAUCCUUACAAACAUGUUACAAUAUCGGUAGCCCCUGAUCAAGAUGACUCGUCAAGUUCCACAUUUAUGAACUUUGCUACAAAGCCCGUUCAUUCAUCUAAUUCAACUUCUCUAGAACGAUCCUAUACCCAACGCAAUCCACCUGUGAAUGUACAAGAUUUUAGAAAUGCAUUUGAACAUGCCGUUCCUUUACCUCCAAAACAAGACAAUAUAGAACAAGAACUUAGACCUUUUACUCAAACUUCAGUUUCCAAACAGACCACAUCGCAAUCUCAACAAUCAUUCGAACCUUCUAUAUAUGACAGCAACUUUGACGAUAUGGAUUAUUCUGAUACUGCCAAACUUACAGAUAACGCUGCUGCCAUUACACGCGAUGACCAGCUCAAUUCAUCUUUGACACCUAUGCCUCCACCAUCUUUACCGUCGACAACAACAGCAACCGCAACGACAACACAAAUUCGACGUAGUUACCAACCUGCAGCCAUAGAGCAACAUACUAAUCAAAAUAUAGGACGAUUAUCUUUGGGUAAACUACUUUCUGAUUAUGGUGCUACUUUUUCCCUUCAGUUACGCAAUAUGUCAAAACGCAUUAUCAACUUGGAAAAUGUUAGUGAUACCCUCCUUUUACCAACACCUAUCAAUAUUCAGGAAAACAACACAAUCAACAAUAACAAAGGAACAACUAGCGACGUCAAACAUGGCGAUAUUGAUGGCAACAACUCGGAAAAUAUACCCAUGACAUCAACUCGUAAUUUUCAAACUAAACAAUCAACUUCGACCUCAACUAUUACCACUAGCAACAGCUUCAACAGUAACAACAACAGAAAUAGAAUGGGACUAUCUGGCAAAAGUUGUUGGUUAUUUGGUCCUGAUAAUUCAUUUCGAAAUUAUAUUGCCAAAAUACUAUUAUGGAAAUGGACAGAAACUAUAUUGAUGAUGGUUGUGAUUCUACAUGGAUGCGUGCUUUUAGCUGCUGGGUGGGACAACGGCCCUAAUCCUGAACCUCAGACGUCUUGGGGUACAAGUUGGGAUCAAUAUGUGAUAUUGAGUAUAUUUUGCAUAUACACUGUUUAUUUGCUACUACGAGUGGUUGUUUUUGGAUUCAUCUUCAAUAAUCAAACAUCACAGAUACAACGUUUCAAACCCUUUUUACGGCAUAGUUGGAAUAGAGUGGAUUUUAUAUCAGUGGUAUCAUAUUGGAUUCAUUUCGGACUGAUUAUCAGUAAUCAAGAAAUUAUCGAUGAAACAAGAAGGAUUACUGUGUUCAAAAUGAUGUCGGCUAUCAUUCUCAUGCGUCUGUUGAAUAUUAGUAAGGGCAAUGCGGUGAUUCUCCAUAGUUUGAAAAAGGCGGCUCCUCUCUUGGUGAAUGUUUCAUUCUUUGUACUCUUCUUUUUUAUUAUCUUUGCUGUUAUUGGCGUUCAAUCAUUUAAAGGAUCUUUUUUACGGCACUGCGUUUGGACAGAUCCAACAAAUAGUACUAAUACUCAAGAAUUACAACAAUUCUGUGGUGGCUAUAUAGAAAACGGAGUACGACAACCUUAUAUUAAAUUAGAUGGAACUCAAGCUUCGUGGGAUAAAGGCUUCUUAUGUGAUAAUGGACUUGUAUGUCGUGAAACAGAAAAUCCUUUUGGCAACACUUUUAGCAUGGAUAAUGUCUUUUCAUCAAUGUUAAUGGUUUUGGUCAUUACUGGAAAACAAUCAUGGACAGAUCGAAUGUAUGAUAUGAUGGAUGCCGAAUACUUUGUUGCCUGUCUCUACUUUAUUGUUAUUGUUAUUGUCAUGAACUUUUGGCUGCUUAACUUAUUUGUCGCUGUUAUCAAUGAAAUGUUUGCCAAGGUUCGUGAAGAUUCUCAACACUCUGCUUUUACAACAUCAAAAGCUAGUACUGUUUUGGCCGACGUUGAAGGAGGAUGGUCUUUUAGUAAUGAAAAUAUCGCUAGAACAAUACGAAGAUCGCUGCUUUUUGAAUGGGUGGCAGCAACAAGACCGUUAUGGAUACUCCUUGUGGUUGCUGAUUUAGUCGUAAUGGCUAUCAAAAACAAUAAUAUGACAGAGAAACAAGUGACAAAAUUGAAUUCUGUGGAAUAUGGAUUCAGCUUGGCUUUUAUGGUUGAAAUAUUCUUACGGUUCAUUUCAGAACGACAACAACUCCGGAUAUUCUUCAAGGACAAGGCAAAUAGAGCGGAUAUGAUCAUUAGUAUUAUGUCCUGUAUCAUUUGGAUCCCUUCCAUUAGAAACAAUCCUGUAGCAUUUGCUUGGCUCAGCGGUUUCCCAAUCAUGCGAAUCUAUCGAGUCCUGGUCGCUAUACCUAGAUUACGACGGUUGAUUGCUCGUGUACUUGGUAGCGUGUAUGGUUUUAUCAAUUUGAUCUUCUUCAUCAUUUUGUCUACUUUGAUUUGUGCCAUUAUUGCUUUUCAAUUACUUGAAGGUGAGCUGAAUGAAGCUGAUGAUGAAAUGCGAUUUUUCUCUGUUUACAAUUCCUUUGUGGCCCUUAAUCAGCUCUUCUCUGGUGAAAAUUGGACAACAGUUCUGUACAACGCUAUGCAAUAUGGUCGUCCAUCUGGAAAUGCUGCUGUAAAUGCUCUAUUUUUAUCUAUCUGGUUUGCUUUCUCCAACUUCAUUAUGGUCAACAUGUUCAUUGCAAUUUUGAUGGAAAAUUUCGAAACAGCCGAAGAAGAAAAGCGACAAAGACAAAUUCAGCGUUAUGCGGAAAUACACGAUUCUUUUGAUGACAAUGCGGAAGCGAUUAUUAGUAGAUGGAAUAUUUAUCGAUACCUACGAGCGAAUCCUAAAAAUGUGGCGGUGAAGAACAUACCAGCAAACCUUACAUUAGCUUUAGAAAAGAAUGACCUCAAAGACUUUAUGACUACUACCGUUGAUCUUGAAAAUUCGACACAAAACGACAAGAAAUUAAAAUGGUAUGGUGGCGGACCGCGGCAUCGACAGCAAAUAUCAACAGAUUCAAACAAGUCUUCUUUUCGAUCAUUUUGGAACUACAUAGGUGAUCACAUCUCUCAAAUCAAGCACCAACCCACACACAACACCUCAGGAAAAAGUAUGCAAUUUGAUGGACAGACAACUUUUGAUCAACUUCAGACAUUUUAUGAUAUCAAUCGGAAUCAAGAUGAAAAUGCUGUUAAUAGUUUACGAUAUGCUUUGGCACCAUCUCUACGGGUCAAUAUUGCAGCGUCAGUCGAAGAAUCUAGCCUUCAUGAUUUGGAAGAACGACGUGCCAUGCAACGGGAUUUUCUUCGUGCUCAUCCAUCUUAUGACAAAUCUUUGUUUAUAUUCUCUCCUCGACAUCGUAUUCGUUAUUGGUGUCAGUUAUUGGUAUCUCCUAGUCAUGGUGAACGAACAUUUGGUACCCCUCCUUCUCGGUGGCUCAAGUUAAUGUUUUUGUCUCUUGUCAUUACAUGUGUCAUCACCAACGUUAUCUUGACAAUCUACAAUUCACCUGUCUAUCAAUUUGAACACCGUGAUGACCUCUCAAGUUUACGACCUUUGAUCUAUGCUGAUUGGGCUUUUACUAUAGUGUUUACAUUGGAAUUCUUAGUCAAAGUGAUCGCUGAUGGAUUUAUCAUGACUCCCAAUGCUUACAUUAUGAAUGGUUGGAAUGUAUUGGAUCUUUUUGUACUGGUCACUCUGUACAUGUCGAACUUUGGUCGGUUUGCUUCUUCAACAGGAUUGGAACGUGGAUUCCGGGCAUUCAAGGCGUUACGUGCUCUUCGAUUGAUCAAUCUCCUCAAACCUGCCAAGGAUAUGUUUACAGUGAUCUUGAUUCAAGGUCUUCCAUUGAUGUUGGAUGCUGGUGCUCUAGGGUUAUUUUUAAUUGUACCUUUUGCUCUCUAUGGAAAGAAUAUAUUUAUGGGACUCUUCUACACUUGUAACGAUGACAGUGUCCUGAAUAAGGUUGGAUGUAUUAACGAAGCGAUGCUUGGAACGGAUGCGCCAGUUUAUGAAGGGACAACGAUAUUGAAACCUCUUGUGUGGUCCAAUCCUUAUGUGUACAGUUUUGAUGAUUUUUGGUCAUCUCUCUUGAUUUUAUUUGAAAUUGCCAGUGGUGAAGGAUGGGUGGAUGUAAUGGAAACAAGUAUGUCUAUUGCCGGCAAGGAUUUGACGCAACAACAAGAUGCUAGUCAGCUUUAUGCGAUCUUUUUCAUGGUAUACAACCUGGCUGGUUCUGUUUUUGUGAUUUCUUUAUUCUUGGGUAUUAUUCUGGAAAACUUUGCCAAACGAAACGGAAGUGCUUACUUGACUGCUGAACAAAGAAGAUGGUUGGACUUGAAAAAGCUUCUGAGUCAAAUUAGACCUGCCAAGAGACCGAAACAAAUCCCUGUGAAUGUUAUUAGGAAAAAAUGCUUUGAUCUGGUGGUGGAUAAAAGGGGACGCUUUUACAAAUGGAUGACCGCCGUGAUUGUUCUCAACAUUUUGGUAUUAUGUACUGAUACUAUUCGAGAUGAUUCAUUGCCUGUAUUGAAACUGGUCAAAGAAUAUGUUUAUCUCGUAUUCGUAUUGAUAUAUUGGUUCGAGGUAAUGGUAAAACUGUUAGGUCUAGGUUGGACAUCCUUCCGAAGAAACUUGUGGAAUCUUUAUGAUUUGGCUGUAAUCAUAGGUAGUGCGGUUACUGUGAUUUUUAGUCUUGCUUCGAACGAUCAUCAAGUCAAUGUGGAAUCCCAAAAAUUAUUCAUGACCGCUCUUUGUUUCAAAUUGGUACAAAGAAGUGAUGCUUUGAAUCAGCUUUUUACAACAAUGGCAGCGUCAGCAUAUCAAAUUGCCAACGUAUUUGCGGUUUGGUUUGUGGUGUUGACAACAUAUGCGAUCAUGUUUAUGGAGAUUUUUGGACUCACCAAGUAUGGAACUCAGGCUACUACUGAGCAUGUCAAUUUUCGAAGCUAUGCAAAUACAAUGGUGUCCUUGGUACGAUAUUCUACUGGUGAAGGAUGGAAUACAGUGAUGCAUGAUUUUACAGUGGAAGCACCCCAAUGUCAAGAAGCUGAUAAUUAUCUCGAUUCAGAUUGUGGUUCUCUUCGAUGGUCCUAUUUCUUGUUUCUCAGUUUGAAUAUCAUCUCCAUGUAUAUCUUUACUGCUGUCUUUGUUGCCGUUGUCUCGGACAAUUUCUCCUAUGUAUAUCAAGUUGCUGCCAAUUUCUCUUUAGUCAACAGAGAUGAAAUCAGAAAAUAUCCUUUUUGUUUAUAUAUAUAUGCGUGUAAAUGCUGGGCUGAAUUCGAUAUAGAAAGGACUGGAUAUAUCAAAGUCAAGGAUUAUAUGUCUUUUUGGAGAAAACUGGAUGGAAUGUUUGCAAUCAAUAUCUAUGAUGAUGAAUUUUCCUAUAAGAACCUGGUGAAGGCAUGUACUCUUCCUAAUCAAGCGGAUGAUUCUAAGGAUGAUCGUUAUAACACUCGAAUUAAUCUCAAGAAACUUAAUAAAAUACUCGAACGAUUGGAUAGAACAACGAUUCAUAAACGAAAACAUGAUAUGAAUAUGAUUUAUUGGGAAACUGCAAUGACAGAAUCAGUACAAGGUGUUUCAUUUAAUCAAAUGCUAUUGAUGCUUGCUCAAAGAAAAUUGAUUGUACCUGAAAAUGCUUUACUAUUGGAAGAACUUUUAGUGAAUCGGAAAAAAGAAGAAGCGAUUCAUACAUUGAUUAGCAUUGAUAGAGUGAAAGGAUUAUUGGAAACCAUAGCUUUACGGAAGAAGUUUCUACGACAUAUGGAAUUGAAGAAACAAAAACUAUUGAAGUUUGAAAUGGAACAAAAGGAAACAAAACAAUUACAUAUCGUACCUACUACUACUGGAUCUCCUAUGGCUAUUGAAUCACCAUUGAUAUCUCCAUCUCUUGCUUCUUUGGGAUAUUUAUCUGAUGAGAACGAACCAGAAGUUGAAUGGAAUUCUUUGGCUGGAGCAUUAGGACAUAAUCCAACGGAUGAUAGACAUGAAUUAUGGCACAAUCUUUUACAAUCAGAAAUAAAGUUUGAACAGUAGUUAUCUUUUAUAUGAUUGGCCGCCG